AUGAAUGCGUUAGAGCUGACUGAAAAUCAUGGGAGCUCCAGUCGAGGCGAUGACGAUCCUCCCUUCUUUGCCGAUAUGACGUUAGAUCUUGCAGAGGCUCAUGACAUUGCUGAAACACCAGAAGCAACGCACCGAAAGCUUUUGGCAACAAAAGAUCAAUUGAUAGCAAUGCCAAAAAUGCCAGUGAUUCCGCAAGAUCGAGUUAUCACUUCCUCCCUGUCGAAUUCGGAUGACAGCAUAAGCCCAAAGUUCAAUGCCAACCUUAGUUCUAUUACACAUGAACAGACGCAUGGAAGAAUCUCAGCCAUGGGAAAUAACAAACCGCUUCAAGCCACGAGAAACAUGCCACGUGAUAUUUACUGGGCCAUUGCCUUUGCUAUCUUUGUUCCAUUUUCCUUGUUAGGCCCCAUCAUGUCUUCAAAUGAUGCGGAAUCGAAAACCUCCAAAACCUACUGGCUAGGAACGUCCUUGGCCCCUCGAAUGGCGACGGUACAUUCCCUCUGGUGGGCUGCUAUUGCUGCUUUCUUGCUAAGUCGGCUGCUGUAUCGGACUCUGGGAGGUGGAGACGGAGACGAUGCCCGCCACUUGGCAUCUCAAAUUGUGCUCUCGUCAGCUCCCAUUUCCCUGAGUAUCUACUCUAGUCUCAUCCUGACCAUAUAUUUCUUCCUUCCCCAUGCCAGAAUCUACAUAAUUUUACCGGCGUGGGCUUUGGCGCGAGACAUCUACAUCUUUCGGCAAUGGAAAAUGACAUCGUCAACUCCGGGUGGUCGACAGGCCUUUUUCCAAGCUCUGACUUGUAUGACCUUGGAUAUUUUGUCGCGUUCGUUGAGACGGGCUAGUUUCUACCGCAUUGUGUCGGCUCUCCUGCUGCUGCAACUGAUGGUCAUUGGCCUGUGGCGUAUGGCACUGAAUGCAGCAAUGCAUUCCCAGAGCACAUUUUGGCUUUUGCUUGCAGCCGUUGGUGGCAAAUGGGCAACCGGAGCAGUGGCAAGAUUGCUGACUUUGAUUUCAUCAGGAGGGAUCUCCAGUUGGUUUGCUGAACAAAAUGCGCUUGUGGAAGAAAUGGAACAAAUGAAAGGAGGUCGGGAAACAGAAAAUGGACUCAGCAACAGCUCAUCAUUGCAUUCCAAAUCUGACGACGAGGAUUCUGAGAUGCCUGAAGCAUACCGCAUGACAGCCGCCUCAGCAUAUCAGACGACGCUGACUCCAGAUGAGGGCAUGGAUGAUGAUUUUGAAGACGAAGACGACGCAGAAGCAGCUUUGAAUGCACCCAUCAGCACCUUCUUAUCGACGCCCAUUGCCGGUGGUUCGACUGUCAAACAACUAUUGCUCAAGGGAGUAACUGUGAAUUUCGGAUCUGUUUGCAAAUGUGGACUACUAGGUGGUUUGGCACAAUUUGUUUGGAGUCAACUCCGAAAGAUUGAUACCGCCAGAGCCAAGUUGAGUGGUUUUCAGACGAUGUCAAUAGGGCAAAGCAACGAUUUUCAGAACAGCAAAUUCCGGCACUAUUUAAUGGUUUCGAAUCGACUCGCAAGAGGUUUUGUGAGAAACAACUCGGACAUGGCCAUGAGCCACGUUGCAGCGUUUCAAAAGUCGUACAAUCGAGCGGCGCAAGAUGUGGCCAUUUUGAUUGACGAAUCAGGUGUUGAACCAAUCAUUCAUGACGACAUAUCAACCCACAUGGCUGCAUGCGUGGGAGGAAGUAUAUCUGGCGCUAUUGUCAUGUUCACUGGUAUCAUCUUGGUUCAUCAAAAGAAGUCAAACACUACUGACUCAGCAGUAGUGAUGGAUAUGGUGGUUUCAUUCAUCUUUUGCUAUACCCUUAUCUUUACGGUAAUGGAGCCACUCCGAGCCUCCAUCAAAGCAGUGUACGUGAGCUUCGCACAACAUCCUCAAUCGAUUAGUCAGUCCUUCCCCUUGAUAUUCCACAGGUUGAGUCGAAUGGCCAAGUCUAAUGUGCAAUAA